CAUAUGUUUGACAAAUAAACAUCACCAUGGUAGCCAUACACAUACAAUUCAAUUCAUUCAAUUAGUUUCAUAGACAAGGAAAAAUGUGAUUAAGCAUAUAUAAUAAAUUGGCUAUUUUUACAAUUCAUUGUGGAGAAGGUAUCCUCUAAAAAUCAAAUCUGUUCAAAAGAUAGUGCAGUAGCAUGUAGUUGAAUGUAAUAAAUUAUGUAUCAAACUACUUUAUUGUGCAGAUUACGAGAUUUGGAUCAAUAUUUCAAUUACUUCAAUGUUUAGGAAAAUCAACAAAUUGCCACAAUUGAGAAGCUAGAUUUAUGCUUGAAAACCGGUUUAAUUUAUGAAUUGUUUAAUAAAUUACUGUUAAUCAUUUUUUUCAUCAAUUGAUUGACAAAUCAUUGCAGCCUGAGUCACAAGUAUCAUCGCUAUAAGUAUCACAAGCCAACAUGGUUGGAAACAUCUUACUGGCUCAGUUUGAGACUCAAGAUUUGAUGUGCCAACUGCACCGGGGCCCAAGACCUUCAGGGCCCAAAGGCCUAAAAUGUUAAAAAUAAAAAAUGAAUAAUUUCUAUGAUCAAUGGCCUUUGUAAGUUAUCCAGAAAUGGUGUGAGGAGUACAUGGAUUGAUAGAAUUAAGGUUGAUAAUUAUUCAUUUGAAUUAAUUAGUCAUUUCAGAGCACACAUCAUAAACUCCCAAGAAAAUUAAUAUGUGUAUAAUUUACAACUGAGGCGAGGUUGUAUCAGCCGUGCAAUUUGUUAAUUGGAGUAUUUAGGUUAGGAAUUCAUUUGUCAAAUUAUAAAUUAUACUUGGCGGAAAGAUUUAGGCUAUUAAAAGUUGCUCAUGACCCUGACACUUAUAACACUCUUUUACUUCCGACAGCACGUGAAUGCAGCACAGCAUGAGGGUCGCUUCCCCUCAGAACUACAAAACAAGAAAGUAAACAUAAACAUAUGUGGUUAAAACCUGUGAUUAACCACCAAACCACCGCCGCUGUGUUGGUGCAUAUCAACUGUUACAUUUCAGAUACUUAUUAAACAUUUUUUAUUUUUUUUAAAUAAGCUGCCACUCAGUUCACCAUACAGGAAAUGACAUCAACACAGAUACUCCUUUUGUCUGACGACUUUAUCCGGAGGAAGUGAAGCUGUAGACGAGGCAGCUGCUUUACCGGAGGGAAAAAAACCUACGAGAAAAAAAAAAAAAAAAAAAAAAAAAAAACCGAGGCGACGACAAAAAAAAAACUUCCCCGUGUUGCAGGAAUUUGGACAUAUUUAUAAACCGUGUCCGAGUCGCACCGAGCUCCGGGGGUUCCGGGGAGGAGGACGGAGUCGUCGUUGCCGAACUUUUCCAUUAGGACCUGACCCGAGGCUGCAUGACCGACAGAGCAAAGUGAUCAACCCGCCACUAGAUCCCCGCUCCUACAGGGGCCCUUAACACCCCCGGCUUCACUGUGUGGAAAUUAGUUUGUGUGAAAUGAUGGAAGACUCUCAUUUUAAUUCCUCGUACUUCUGGUCUCCCAUCCCCACUGUACAAGGACAGAUUGAGAAUGCCAUGUUCCUGAACAAGGUGAAGGAACAACAGGAAAAGAAUGCUUCCUUCUCUGCUUCCCAGGCAUCCCACUACCAAACGGCUCUCCUCACCAUCCCCAACCCCGGGAACAAGGCAGAUGGAGGAGGGCAGGUUGGCAGUGUGGCACACCUCCACCCGGCUCACAGCGGCCAGAACAUGCUGUCUGUCCCCUCCACGGGCAUCAUGACAGCAGCUGGUCUGGUCAUCACAACUCCUCAGGGAACACUAGUCUCUCCCACCUCCUCUCAAUCGUUUGUCUCUGGUCAUCCAGCAACGACCAUGAUUGUCUCAGCUCUCCAUUCUGCAGACAGAAAAGAAGGGGACGGGGGGCCCCAUGUGGUCGUGAUGCCGGCGCCCUCCAAACGAGGCAGAAAGAAGAAGACAGCACUGUCCAGGGUCGGUGCUGUGGGGGGACCAGGAAACGAAACGCUAAUACUGGCUCAUCUGACAGCCGGUGGCCAGGUGGCAUCUUUGCAGCAUCACACUGGAGACCCCUAUGACCUGUCAAAUGAAGAUGAAGACCAUGGCCCAAAAGAUAGCACGAAGACGUACAGGUGCCGGAUGUGUGCGGCGACCUUCCUCAGUAAGUCUGACAUGCAGAUCCACUCCAAGUCGCACACAGAGGCCAAACCUCACAAGUGUCCUCACUGCGCCAAGUCAUUCGCCAACUCCAGCUACCUGGCCCAGCACAUCCGCAUCCACAGCGGGGCCAAGCCUUACACCUGCUCCUACUGCCAGAAAUCUUUCAGGCAGCUCAGUCACUUACAGCAGCACACACGGAACCACACAGAGUCAAAGCCUCAUAAGUGUCCCCAUUGUACCAAGUCUUUUGCCAACUCCAGCUACCUGGCCCAACAUGUCCGCAUCCACACUGGAGUGAAACCCUACACCUGCUCCUAUUGCCAAAAGCACUUCAGACAGCUCAGUCAUCUUCAGCAGCACAAUAGGAUUCACACCGGAGAUCGGCCAUACAAGUGUAUCCAUCCAGGCUGUGAGAAAUCCUUCACGCAACUCUCAAAUCUACAGUCCCACCGGCGUCAACACAACAAGGACAAGCCCUACAAGUGCACCAACUGCAAUAAAGGAUACAUAGAUUCAGCGAGCCUGGAGGUGCACAUGUCUACACACACAGUCAAGCAUGCGAGGAUCUACUCGUGUGGUCUCUGCAACCGCACUUAUACCUCAGAGACGUAUCUGGUGAAACACAUGGAGAAACACAACCCAGACCAGCUGUCUGCAUCAUCAGCACAGGCAGCACAACAGAACCAAAGCCAGAACCGGCUAGACGGCACAGAUGGAGGAUCGAACCGUCCUGGGGGUGCCGGGAGCGGAGGAGCGGGCGGGGGCCAGCAGGGACAGAGUCAGGGCAACUACCCCCAGGCAGAAACCAUAUCCUGUCCAUUUGAUCUGCACCAGUAUAAGACAGUGUCAGCCAGUGACAUCCAGUACAAACCUGUCAGCGUAGCUGACAUUACUUCCCACAAGGACCUCUGUCUCACUGUGUCAGCAUCCACCAUUCAAGUGGAGCACCUUAACUCUUAGAGGAAACGAAAGGAGGAAGUUUGGGGAGUGGGAAAGGUAAAAUGAUUUCAAGAUAUUGAGGAUGGAGAGUCAAAGAAUAAAAGCAAUACUAAGGUGAUACAAAAACUUAGGAACACAUGACUGUGCCUGAACUAUGGUUUGAGGCAGACAGGACAAACAAUAAGGGGACACAGUAUACCGAAGACUAUAAUUUUGUCUUAUUUUUUUUAAUUUGUCUCUUUUUUUCUUUCUGCCUGGUUUGAUCUGUUUUCCUUUUACUAAGCUGUCCUGUCUGAGUAGAAAGUGCAUGUAAAGGCUGCAAUAAAGUAUGUUUCAGUCCAUCACAGUGAUGGUUUUAAGAUAGGAAGAGGGUCAAAGUGCACCUCUUCAAUGUUUUUUUUUACCACCUCCUGCUCUUCCCAACAAAUACAGCGUUGGCCAUAGAAAUGUAUGGUCUCUCUGUUGAUGAAAUUGAUAGCUGACUGUGAAGGUACAUUUUUUAUACUUUCAAGCAGAGACUCGGUUUUUACAUCAGUGUUAUCACCUCUACUAGGUUGUAAAAUAUAUGCCCGCGAUUAAUUCUUUUUAACCUUAAAAGGGACAAAGAGGUAAUUUCCUUUUAAGGAAAGAGAAAUGUCAAUCAAGUAUAUAUAGAUAUACUGUAUAUACUACCAGUUUAUAACGUAUGAUUGUGUGUUUAAAGGAUGUGGAAAUCCAUAUAACCUAUUUAGACCCAUUCACAGGCUUUCACAUGACCUUUGGGAAAGUGAUGAGCCAGUUCACGUUUCAUGUAAUCCUAUUGUACUGCUUUGUGUGUAUGUCCUAAAAGAAAUGUUAUCCAAAUGUGCUCUUGCUAUUAUACUUCCAUGAUAACAAUGUUUAUAAUACUUCUUUAUAGACAUACUGACACAUCUGAAAUUUGUCUUUUUUUCGGCUUAUAAUACAAUAAACCCUCUGAUAUGUUUCUCA